CUGAUAAAAGAUACGGCAGCAGUAUCAGUCGCUCUGCCGAGUAUAGUACACCUCCGUGCCUUGGUAACUCCAAGAGCAUGGACUAAUUGAAUCAAUUGAGCGAGUCCCUCCGCCUGUGCUGAUUGCGCUCGGGACUGCGAGCGUGCCUUCCAGUGUUGUGCUCAAUGUGAUAUUUUUGUGCCAUUGCAGUGCUUUGAAAUUAGUGAAGUUUCGAAAGAGUGAGGGGUUCAUAAUGUACAGAACAACCUGCACUUUUCUGACGUUGGCUGCCUUGUUGCACUUCGAGGCAAUAGCAACAGAUACCAGCGUCGAGAUCCAAGAGCUGAACGGGCUGGUGCAGCCGAAGCGAUGUUCUUACGAGUACGCACACGGCUACUAUGGGGCCUCCUGCGCCAACUUGGAGUUGGACAGUGUACCCAACCUUAAAGGAAGCAUAGAGGUCAUUGACUUCAAAGGAAACAGAAUAGGGCUACUAAAAAAAGAGACAUUCGCCGAGUAUACAGGCCUAAUAUUGCUCUACCUCCCUGAUAACUACAUGUUUGGCAUCGAAGAAAAUGCUCUUUCCACAUUAACUUCUUUAGUGAGCCUGGAUUUAUCAGGCAACAGGAUCCAAACACUACCAAACUCUAUUUUCCAACUACCCUCGUUAAAAAAAUUACAGCUUAACGGUAAUCCGUUGAUGCAAAUGGAUGGACAGUUUAAUGCUCUCUCUAGGCCAAUAAAAGCACCUUUGCAAUACCUAGACAUGUCCGGCUGUUCGCUAUCAAAAAUAUGGAACUGGGGUAUCGUACCUCAACUAACUUUCUACAAUAUUUCCCACAACCCUCUCACAGAUUUGGAGGUGUUUCACUUCGUGGACAUGUGUAAACUGAUGAAGGUUGAUUUGACGAAGUCUGUCGACAGAGUAAGACUGUGUGACCUGAAACCGACAAUCGCGUGGCUGAAACGGAAACGUGUAGACUACUUACUUUUGGACGACUCGCAUGUGAGACUGGCGUCUUUAGAGUUCGCGUCGUGUCCUGAGAGCGCCAUUUCGAAUGAUCUCAACCAUACACAUAACCUGUGUCUGGCAGCUUACAGAGAGCCAGUCCCCGAGUCGCGGCCAGCCCGACGCACGUGGGCAAAGCUGUGCGGCGGCCUCGCGGGCUUCCUGGUGGGAUUCAUGCUGCUGCUGUACGUGUUCCACCGCUACAACGUGGCCAAGACCAAGCGGGCCAGCGAGAAGAAGCCCCUGCCCAAACAGGGCGACAAGCGUGCGUCUGAGUUGCUUUUAAAUGAUGCCUCGUCCGCCUAAUUGGUGCCAUCCACUGUCGCGCCAGCCAAUCGCCAAUCGUGGCAGUAUCAGUAGAAUGUAACUAAGAGCUGUUUCAGACAGACGGUUUCCGCAAACAAAAUCCUCGUGUGAAAGUUAUACUAUAUUAGCACCUAUACUACUAAAACGGGAUCCUGCAAAAAACCGUACCCGCAACAAACUGAACGUCAGUGGGAAACAGCUCUUAAGGAUACAAAUUCAUCUUUUACCUUAAAAAUAUGGACAAUGAUCCUGGGACCAAACCCCACGCGAGGGCAGCUACUGGAUAUUUAAUGAGUGAGAAGAAAACAAGUGUCAAUAGUUUUACUCCUAGCUGUUUUCUAACUGUGUAUUGCCAGGAUUGGCUGUUCAAAUUCUAGCAUAGAUAGGUACAGGUUCAUGAUCACGAAAUCGUAUAACGUUGGAAGGAGCACGAUACGUACUAAUAAUUAAGUAGGCACCUAGUGCUGCAUUUACGUAUGAAUUCUGGAAAUAAUAUUUUUAUAUUUGAUGUUAUGAAUGAUUAGGUAUAUUGAUUGUGCAAGAGUAAUAAUUAGGUAUAUCAAUUAAGUAAGUACACUAGGUGGCGCUUAAAGCGUGAUUUAAGCAAAUUUGAAUUUUGAAAGUAUCCAUCGAAUUUGUUUAAAUCUAGGUACUUCUAAAUUGAAAAUGUCGUUUCUAAACAAGAUAAUACUUGUACGAGUAGGAUCUACCGAAUUUUCUAUACUAAAACAAAGUACCUACAGGAUGUCCCAGAAUUCGACGUCAAGCCGUAAACGGAUGAUAGACCAAGUCAUAACAGUUAUCAUAAAAAUACAAAAAAAAUCCAACUCUUGUUCUUUAAAAAUUAUGGUCACUUUAAAAAUUCACAAAAAAAUCCACAUCCUGUAAUUAUUCAAGAUUACACAAUAAUAAAAAAAUUAGAAUAAAUUAUGGAAUUUGUAGUAACAAGAGUUAAAGAACCAUUACAGGGUGUGGAUUUUUUAGUGAAUUUUUAAAGUGACCAUGAUUUUUAAAAAACAUGAGUUGGAUUACGGCUUGACGUCGAAUUCUGGGACAUCCUGUAUACCAAAAUUACCAAAUGCUGUAGUGUAGUCUUAGGUAAGUAAGUGCCAUUGUCAUUAUUUAAUUAAUAAUUAUCUAUCAAUCCGUUACCAUUCACAAUUUAAAUUUAAAGGCCUAAUGUAGAAGGCUUUAAGUCUGAUUAGUGUAACAAAGCAUUUAAUAAAGACAGAAAACAAAACAAUACAUAUUACCACUAUAUUACCUUCUAAAUAAUUAUGUACUAACAAUACAUGUUGUACCAGAGGGUAAAGCUCUGUUUUCCUAGGAUAGCGGUGCCGUCAUAUAGCGGCCGUCCCCCUCGGAGUAAUUAACAAUGGAGACGCCAUGUCUAAAAUUUUCGGUACAAAAUAGUCUGCCGUUUUUUGCGGGGGAGAGGGGCACAUCAAAUGUAUAGGUACGUCAUGACGUACCGUCUGACGUUUAUCUGACAUGUCAGAUAAACGUCAGUCCAUACAUAUGGUUGACAUGUGGUUGACCAUUGGCCGCCUAUUUUCGACAGAGGGGAACGCCUGUUAAUGGCGGCUCCAUUGUUAAUUACUCCGAGCCGUCCCCAUACAAAAUACUACUACAUCCAUAUUUAGCUGUAUUAUUUUGUAUGGAAACGGCCGCUAUAUGACGGCACCGCUAUCCUAAGAAACCAAAGCUUUGUCCAGUUUUUUUAGAAGACGUUAGGGAUUCGUUUUGCCAAAGAUGUUUUGUAGGAUAAUACUGUUAUAUUAUAAAUAAUUUUUUUAUAAAAAAUUGUAAAAAGUAACGUACAUAACAUAUAUCCAUAUUAACCCAUUCUUAAGGAAUAGAUGCUUUCUGUAUUUUUAGUCUUCCUAUAUUAUUAAGUAGAUUAUAAUUAUGAAGGCAAAUAACUCUACCGGCUUUUAAUUUUGCUGGGAACUUAGUGGAGACUUGAGAGAUAGAACACAAAUUCAUUAACUAACUUCUAAAGUUUUUGUUAUUUUGCAAUGAUAGAUAUAACACUGUGAUACAGUUACUUAUUUUAAUAAAAAAUAAAAAUUA